AGUAUUCCGUCCAAAACGAAAACCACAGGAUAAGAAUUAACAAGUAGACAACAGAAACCAUGGCGGUACCGGUGCACGACUAAGGGACGGACGCCGGUGAGCUUGACAGUGAGUUUUCUGUACUAGAAUCUGCAAGAAUUUAUGGGCUUUCUUGCAUAAAUAUUUGAAUUUCUAUUACUGCUUUUUGGCCGACCAUGGAGUUAAUUGUUCCACCGAAGCAAAACCAUCAAGGUUUUUGCUCAUUUCAUUAUGAUAUACAUAAGAAGAAAACCUCGGGACACCGCAAAGAUCGAAACUUUCCCUGUUUCAACUCUCCCUCUGUGGAAAUACUUGUGGUGAAGAAGCAAGGUUCUAGAAAACAAAGGCGUUCUGGCGUUAAGGUGUUUGCUGUUUCUUUUACUGAAACUUUCUCCACUAAUGGUGGGUUAAGGUUGUCAAAUGCCGAGAGAAUGCCUCAUGGGAAAGGUCGGGGUCAGGUUCAAGGGAAUUCAUCUCAUAGUUUCGAGGAAUUCGAGAGUAAUAACUACCUCCGCCGUUUGGUUAGGAAUGGGGAGUUGGAGGAAGGGUUUAAGCAUCUCGAAAACAUGGUUUACCAUGGCGACAUUCCAGAUAUUAUACCUUGUACGAGUUUGAUUCGUGGGUUUUGUAGAGUGGGGAAGACUAAGAAGGCUACUAGGGUUAUGGAAAUUCUUGAGGAUUCUGGAGCGGUUCCCGAUGUUAUAACUUACAAUGUUCUGAUUAGUGGGUAUUGCAAGUCGGGUGAGAUAUAUAAUGCGUUGAAGGUCUUGGAACGUAUGAGUGUUGCCCCUGAUGUUGUGACGUACAACACAAUUCUGCGUACUCUGUGUGACAGUGGGAAGUUGAAACAAGCCAUGGAGGUUCUUGAUCAGCAGCUUCAAAAGGAAUGCUAUCCAGAUGUGAUUACUUACACUAUCCUGAUCGAAGCCACGUGCAAGGAAAGUGGCGUUGAACAGGCUAUGAAGCUAUUGGAUGAAAUGAGGGACAAAGGUUGUAAGCCAGAUGUGGUUACUUAUAACGUCCUUAUCAAUGGCAUUUGCAAGGAGGGGAGAUUGGAUGAAGCAAUCAUGUUCUUGAAUAACAUGUCAUCGUAUGGUUGCCAACCUAAUGUAAUCACACACAACAUUAUUCUGCGCAGUAUGUGCAGUACUGGGAGGUGGAUGGAUGCUGAGAAGCUGUUGGCUGAGAUGCUUAGGAAAGGUUGUUCUCCAAGUGUGGUCACCUUUAAUAUUUUGAUUAACUUCUUGUGUAGGAAGGGAUUACUGGGGAGAGCGAUUGAUAUUUUGGAGAAGAUGCCUAAACAUGGGUGCACCCCAAACUCGUUGAGUUACAAUCCACUACUUCAUGGAUUCUGCAAAGAGAAGAAGAUGGAUAGGGCGAUUGAGUAUCUAGAGGUAAUGGUUACUCGAGGAUGUUAUCCAGAUAUUGUAACGUAUAACACGUUGCUCACAGCUCUGUGCAAAGAUGGGAAGGUUGAUAUUGCAGUUGAGAUACUUAACCAACUGAGUAGCAAAGGUUGCUCCCCUGUUUUGAUCACCUACAAUACAGUGAUUGACGGGCUUUCUAAAAUGGGAAAAACAGAACGUGCUAUGCAGUUGUUGUUUGAGAUGAGGGAGAGAGGUCUGAGGCCAGAUAUCAUUACGUACUCAUCACUUGUUGGAGGACUUAGCAGAGAAGGAAAGGUUGAAGAAGCUAUAGAUUUCUUUCAAGAUUUGGAAGGAAUGGGUGUCAGGCCUAAUUCUGUGAUCUACAAUGCUAUCAUGUUAGGGCUUUGUAAGGCUCGGAAAACAGACCGUGCCAUCAAUUUCUUGGUCCAUAUGGUGUCCAAAGGGUGCAAGCCUACUGAAUCUACUUACACUAUUCUGAUUGAAGGCUUAGCUUAUGAGGGUUUCACCAAAGAGGCUCUUGAAUUGCUCAAUGAGCUGUGCUCUCGAGGAGUUGUGAAGAAGAGUUCAGCUGAACAGGUGGUCGUCAAAUUUUAGCUUCAAUUUGAGUAUCUGAUAGAAUUCUAGUAUGUGUUCUAGUAUCUGUUAUUGCAUUAUUCACUUGUUUUUUUGUUUUUGUCAAAUCAUGAAUGAACUACUGAGAAAACCUCAAUUUUGUAGUUAUCUACUGAGUAUGAAAUUUGUGAAUUUUCUUUGUUGC